CCCUCCGCGCGCCCUCUGCCCCAGCCCGACUUCCCGUUGCCCGGCAUGUGGGCGUUGGAGACCCGAGUGGCCCCUGUGCCCGUGGCUCCACUUAGGGAGAAAGGGUGACCCUCCGUAGGACUCCCCCGGCCGGGUCCAGGGAAUCCCUGCGCGUGCUCAGCGCUUGGGGGGGGGCACCCGCUCGCCGCUCCGACGGUCCCACCUAACUGCCUCUGCCUGUGCCUUGGGCAUGGGGCUCCCGCUCGCCUGCACUAGGUGAGGGGGGGGGUGUGCCCUAGAGUUAAAUCUGGAGGCUGAUGCGGACUCCUGGCUUCACCUCCCAGACGUGGAGGCUAAAUUUAGCUGGAGUUGGGGCGUGUGUGUCCAGGAGCCAGCCUGGCCCCGGGAGAUUCCUUUGCUCCCUCCAGUUAGUUCUCUGGGCCAAGAGUGGGAGAACUGUUCAUCCCGGAGCCAUGGAAUCUCCUCGGCCUUGCUCAGGCCCCUUUGGUCUGAAGUUCGGACUUGGCUUGAUGCUGCGCUGGCACCUUCAGCAGAACCCCCCGCCCCACGGCGCCGCCACACACACCCAUAGGCUGACUUCUGCUGAGCUGCAGCUUCCCCUCCGCCGUUUCAGGAAGUAACCUCCCUUCCCCUCUGAAGCACUCCCCCACACCUCCCAGCCCCUGAUGCAAACCACCCACCAGGCUCUUCCCAGCGUCUGCACCCUGGGGCGCCUCAGGAACCUUGGGGCUCCUACUCCCUGGGGCGGGCCAUGGAGGCAGAUGCAGUGAGUGAGGGGGGGGCCAUGGCGGAGGAGCGGCCCCCCCGGCUGGUGGAUUACUUCGUGGUUGCUGGGCUUGCGGGGAAUGGAGCACCUAUCCCUGAGGAAACAUGGGUUCCUGAGCCCAGCGGACCCCUGCGCCCUUCCCGGCCAGCUGAGCCCAUCACCGAUGUGGCAGUCAUUGCUAGGGCACUGGGCGAGGAGGUGCCCCAGGGCUAUACAUGCAUCCAGGCUUCUGCUGGGGGCCACCCCUUGGAAUUCAGUGCUGGGCUCCUGGGUGGAACUCAGCCUGUCAUCUGCUACCGCAGAGGCCGGGACAAACCCCCCCUUGUGGAGUUGGGGGUGUUAUAUGAGGGCAAGGAACGUCCCAAGCCUGGCUUCCAAGUGCUUGAUACUACACCGUACAGCCACUCAGCCAACCUGGCCCCUCCAGGCCCCGGGCAUCCCCGCACCUACCUCACUUAUAGGCGGGCAGCAGAGGGGGCAGGACUGCAUGCCCUGGGCAUCACUGACCUCUGCCUGGUGCUGCCCAGCAAGGGUGAGGGCACGCCUCAUACUUACUGCCGGUUGGCCCGCAACCUCAACCCUGGCAUGUGGGGCCCAGCAGUGUACCUGUGCUACAAGGUGGGCCUGGCCAAAGCCAACACACUGGUGUAUGAGGCAGAGCUGCUGGGCCGCUACCCAGAGGAGGACAAUGAGGCUUUCCCGCUGCCCGAGUCAGUGCCAGUCUUCUGCCUGCCCAUGGGGGCCACUAUCGAGUGCUGGCCCUCCCAGACCAAGUACCCCGUGCCCGUCUUCUCCACCUUUGUACUCACGGGUGCCGCUGGCGAUAAGGUGUAUGGUGCCGCCCUGCAGUUCUAUGAGGCCUUUCCAAGGGCCAGGCUGUCAGAGCGGCAGGCGCGGGCACUGGGCCUGUUGAGUGCCGUGGAACGGGGCCGGGCGCUGGGCGGCCGUGCGGUGCGCAGCCGGCGGGCCAUCGCCGUGCUGUCCCACUGGCCUGCCUUUCCAGCCUUCAGAGCCUUCCUCACCUUCCUUUACCGCUACUCCGUCUCGGGCCCCCACCGCCUGCCCUUGGAAGCGCACAUCUCCCACUUCAUUCACAACGUGCCCUUCCCUUCCCCACAGAGACCCCGCAUCUUAGUGCAGAUGUCUCCCUAUGACAACCUGCUCCUCUGUCAGCCUGUGUCCUCACCCUUGCCCCUCAGCGGCGCCAGCUUCCUGCAGCUGCUGCAGAGCCUGGGCCCUGAGCUGGCUGUCACGCUGCUGAUGGCUGUGCUCACAGAGCACAAGUUGCUGGUCCACUCGCUGAGGCCGGACCUGCUCACGAGCGUCUGUGAGGCCCUCGUCUCAAUGAUCUUCCCGCUGCACUGGCAGUGCCCCUACAUUCCGCUGUGCCCCCUGGUGCUGGCAGACGUGCUGAGCGCCCCCGUGCCCUUCAUCGUGGGCAUCCACUCCAGCUACUUUGAUCUGCAUGACCCUCCUGCCGACGUCAUCUGUGUCGAUCUCGAUACCAACACGCUCUUCCAGACAGAGGAAAAGAAGCUCCUCUCCCCUCGGACCCUGCCCCGCAGACCCUACAAAGUUCUGCUGGCCACACUAACAACCCUGUACCAGCAACUGGACCAGACGUACACUGGACCUGAGGAGGAGGCAUCCCUGGAAUUCCUGUUGACGGACUAUGAGGCCGUCUGCGGCCGCCGCGCCCGCCUGGAGCGGGAAGUCCAGGGAGCCUUCCUGCGCUUCAUGGCCUGCCUGCUCAAGGGCUACCGGGACUUCCUGCGCCCCCUCACCCAGGCCCCUUCUGAGGGGGCUCGUGACGUUGACAACCUUUUCUACCUUCAGGGUUUCCUCAAGUCCCGAGAACGCUCCAGCCACAAGCUGUACUCUCAGCUGCUGCACACGCAGAUGUUCUCACAGUUCAUCGAAGAAUGUUCUUUUGGCUCUGCUCGGCAUGCUGCCCUUGAAUUCUUUGACUCUUGUGUUGAUAAGGUCCACCCGGAGCAGGAGAAGCCCGAGACAGCGCCCUUAGUGGAGCUGGAAGAACUCUCGGGAAGCGAGCUCACUGUCUUUAUCACCCCCCCUGAGGAGCCCCCCGCGCCAGAGGGCAGUGAAUCCACUCCCCAGUACUGCUAUGAUGGGUUCCCAGAAUUACGGGCUGAGCUAUUUGAGUCUCCUCAAGAGCAACCAGGGGCCCUGCCUGUGCCAGGCCCAUCCCGUAGCGCCCCCAGCAGUCCUGCCCCUCGCCGUACCAAACAGGAGAUGAAGGUGGCCCAGCGGAUGGCACAGAAGUCAGCGACGGUGCCCGAGCUGUGGGCCCGGUGCCUGCUGGGCCAUUGCUACGGGCUGUGGUUCCUGUGUCUUCCGGCCUAUGUGCGGUCAGCACCCUCCCGGGUGCGGGCGCUGCACACAGCCUACCAUGUGCUGCGUGAGAUGGAGAGCCGCAAGGUGGUGCUCCCCGAUGAGGUGUGUUACCGGGUGCUGAUGCAGCUCUGCUCCUACUACGGGCAGCCCGUCUUGUCUGUGCGGGUCAUGCUGGAGAUGCGACGGGCAGGCAUCGUGCCCAACACCAUCACCUAUGGUUACUACAAUAAGGCUGUGCUGGAAAGCAAGUGGCCAUCUGGUACACCAGGUGGACGCUUGCGUUGGGCCAAGCUCCGGAAUGUUGUCCUGGGGGCUGCUCAGUUCCGUCAGCCUCUGAGAGACCGGCAGCGGCAGCAGCAGCAGCAGCAGCAGCAGCAGGUGUCAGCACACCAAGAGGCUGGCAUUUCCCAGACAGAGUCCUAUCUGGAACGCCCUUCCCCGACCCGUCCCCUUCAGCGCCAGACGACUUGGGCUGGGCGAAGUCUGAGGGACCCGGCCUCACCCACUGGGCGCCUGGUGAAGAGUGGCAGUUUGGGCAGUGCCCGAGGAGCCCAGCCCACUGUAGAGGCCGGUGUGGCCCACAUGAUAGAGGCUUUAGGGGUCCUGGAGCCCCGGGGAUCACCUGUGCCCUGGCAUGAUGGAAGUCUCUCAGACCUGAGCCUGACAGGGGAGGAGCUGGCACCUGGAGGCAGUCCAGGUGGCUCAGGCUUGGCCCUGAGUGCCCAGUCCACUGAGGCCCUGGAAGGGCUGAGUGUGCGAGGGCCCAAGGCUAGUGGGCGUCAGGAUGAGGCAGGCACCCCCCGACGAGGGCUGGGUGCCCGCCUCCAGCAGCUGCUCACUCCUUCCCGCCGCUCCCCUGCUGCCCGCAUUUCCCCAUCAGAGAUGCCCCCUGACCUGCCUCCCCCUGCCCGUCGCAGCCCAAUGGAGAGUCUUCUGAGGCCCCGGGAGCGACCUGGAUCCACUGCAUCGGAGAGCUCAGCCUCUCUGGGCAGUGAGUGGGACCUCUCAGAGUCUUCUCUCAGUAGCCUGAGCCUCCGCCGUUCCUCAGAGCGCCUCAGUGACACCCCUGGAUCCCUCCAGCCACCUUCCCUGGAAAUUCUGCUCUCCAGCUGCUCCCUGUGCCGUGCCUGUGACUCACUGGUGUACGAUGAGGAAAUCAUGGCUGGUUGGGCACCUGACGACUCUAACCUCAACACAACCUGCCCCUUCUGCGCCUGCCCUUUUGUGCCCUUGCUCAGUGUUCAGACCCUUGAUUCCCGACCCAGUGCCCCCAGCCCCAACCCUGCCCCUGCUGGUGCCAGCAGCAGCAAAGACGCCCCUGUUCCUGGGGGUCCUGGCCCUGUGCUCAGUGACCGCAGGCUCUGUCUCGCCCUGGAUGAGCCUCAGCUCUGCAACGGGCACACAGGGGGUGCCUCUAGGCGCGUGGAGAGUGGGGCCUGGGCAUACCUGAGUCCCCUGGUGCUGCGGAAGGAGCUGGAGUCUCUGGUAGAGAAUGAGGGCAGCGAGGUUCUGGCACUGCCUGAACUGCCUGCUGCCCACCCCAUCAUCUUCUGGAACCUUCUGUGGUAUUUCCAACGGCUACGCCUGCCUAGUAUUCUACCAGGCCUGGUGCUGGCCUCCUGUGAUGGGCCCCCGCCUCCCCAGCUCCCCCAGGCCCCGUCUCCUUGGCUAACUCCUGAUCCAGCCUCUGUGCAGGUGCGACUGCUGUGGGAUAUCCUGACUCCUGACCCUAGCAGCUGCCCACCUCUCUAUGUGCUCUGGAGGGUCCACAGCCAGAUCCCUCAGCGGGUGGUGUGGCCAGGCCCCGUACCUGCGUGUCUCAGCUUGGCAUUGCUGGAGUCAGUGCUGCGCCAUGUUGGGCUCAAUGAGGUGCACAAGGCUGUGGGGCUCUUGCUGGAGACUCUAGGGCCCCCUCCUGCUGGCCUGCACCUGCAGAGGGGUAUCUACCGCGAGAUCUUAUUCCUGACAAUGGCUGCCAUGGGCAAGGACCACGUGGACAUAGUGGCCUUCGACAAGAAGUACAAAUCCGCCUUCAACAAGCUGGCCAGCAGCAUGGGCAAGGAGGAACUGAGGCAGCGGCGCGCACAGAUGCCCACUACCAAGGCCAUUGAUUGCCGAAAAUGUUUUGGAGCACCUCUGGAAUGCUAGGGACCCUUAAGCUUCCCUCUCCAGCCUAUGGUGGGGAGGCGAGGGAGCAAGGAUUCUAUAGACAAACUGCUUUUCUGUUCCCUUCAUAGAGGACUUGGGAACAGGCUGGGAAGCCUGUUCAGCCAUAGGCUCCAAGUGGGGCCAGCAGAAAGGGGGACCCACUGUUACCAAAAGUCACAAUUCCCCCGUCUCCAUCCUGCUAACCCUUUCAUGUCAGUGUUGGGAGAGCUGGGGAGCCGGUGCAGCUCUGUCCCUCCCCGAGCCUAUUCCAGGAACUCUCACCCAGGGCACCCACAGAUCUGCACUGCCCUGGUUACUUUAGAAGUUUUUGUUUUAAAAAACAACUAGAAAGAUACAGAGCUACUGAGCCUUUGCCCAGAUGAGAGGGGGGAUCUCAUCCCACCAGUGGUGGUCCCCCUUCCCUGGCGUUGCUGAAGGAGCCCAAGGCUCUCCAUGCCUUUCUACCUUAGUGUUUAUAUUUUAUUUUAAGUUAUUUAUUCUGGAGCCACAGCCCCCUUGCUAAUGAGGCUCUAAUGGAGAGUGAGAAAGAGAAGGGAAAUGGGGCACCGAGGUCUGUAGCUCCCUGAAAGCCAGGCAGUGGGAGCCAGGGGAGCCCCAGGACCCCCUGAGGAAGAACUGGUGCCUCCUGCAGUCCUGAUCUUUCCUGUCCACUCCAUCUUGGGAAGCGCCCCACCCACCCAGGGCCCUGACCUGUGCAAUAAGAAUUGUCCCCUGCAAAGUUUUGUUGUAUGUAAAUAUAGUAAAAGCUGCUUCUGUCUUUUUCCUUCUGCCUCCCUUUUCCUGGGUCUGGAUGAUAGUGGGGGAUGCUUAUGCUGCGCCUUUCUCCUGGCCACCCGUCCUCUUUUCCACCUCUGUCCUUUGCAACCGUCAGGUAUACCCUGCUUCUCCUGGCCAUGUCUGGUACUGGCCCCUUGGGGCACAGGGAGUUCUUAGAGCAGGAUGGGGGGGAAUCUGGUGCUGCUAUGGCAGUGCCAGUCUGUGUGGCACUUCCAGCCCUCCCACACAAUCACCCCCUUGUCCCUCAUCUGUACCCCACACAAAGGCUCCAUUCUCUGGGGGCCUUGAGCUCAUCUUUGCCUUAUUUCCUCUCCCCUAACUUGCCCCCCGACUUCUCCAGUACCUCCACAGAGAUGACAACCCUUUCCCCAGUAGUUGGUGUUGGCGGCCCUCACGUGUCCUGGGGGACUUGGCAUUCAGUCAUUCUCGUCCUCCCUAGUUGCUCUAUUUGCAGGCAGUAUUCUUCUGCUCAGGGUCUCAGCCUGGGGACAGCACUGGAAAGAAAGGGGCUUCUUGUGCUGUGAACAUCAGGGAGAUGGGCAUCAUUUUCUAAUCCCUUGGCCCAUUCAACGCUCUCCUUCUUUUCCCUACAUAAGAAAUAAACAGGAAACAAUUCCUAACAGAGCUGCAAAACCAUUUACCAAAGGGAGUCAGCUAACAAAACAAAUGCCUUGGGAAGGAGGGCUGCAGUAUCAAUGGGGGAAGUGACUUACAUUAAUGUUUAGUGUAAAUCCCUGGGCGAUGGAGAUCAGUGGGUGAAAAGAGAAGUACUACUUCUGAAAGCCGGGACCUUCAUGCAGAGGACCCUUCCCCAUCCUGCCUUGAUGCUUUCCCAGUCCUUAAAAGAGCUGCAAAGGAGGAAACCAAAGGGCUUAGGAAAUGCCACCAUCUGUCUUGCUAGAUGAUGAUCUCUUCAGAGGUCACCCUAGUUUCUGAUUAGACCCCACUCAUCAGAAUCGACUCCCUAUUUUGUCCCUAAGGCCUAAGGACCUUUAGUAAGGGUGGACUUGCCUGUGUGUGUGUGUGUGUGUGUGUGUGUGUGUGUAGUGGUGGUGAUGCCGGGGAUCAAAUUCAGGCCUCAUUCAUGCUAGGCAAAUGCCCUACCAGUGAGCUAUGCCCCUAGCUUAUAGACCUGCCCUCUUACAAUUAAUUUGGGUAUAGUAUACUCAGUACUGCACUUAACUAUAGUGAGAAGAUUUUAGGGCCCAGUCCCUGCCCAAGUAGAGCAUACUAUCUUACUAGUCUAGCAUGCCCUUUGGUUCCACAGUAAGAACUCUGCCUUCCAGCUUAUGCCUCUCAUUUUUGAGAAGUUAGAUAAGAGAACUACAGAAUUUCAUAACUACAGAUUAUCUGGGAAUUCCAAUAGCAACUUAUGAUACCAUAAUAUCUGAUAUCUGUCCUGUGGCCUAGGGAGCUUUCUGAGGGAAAGGAUAUGUCUAAAUUGCCUGGGUCAGUUUCUUUUUCCAGACUUCAGAGUAUAAAUCUUGUCUCUGUCACUUACUAAUCUUAUGAUGUCAGACAAGUAACUUAACUGCUAUGCCUUAUUUUUUUCUCAUCUGAAAGUGGGGAGGGGGUCAUUUAAAGACUAAUUAUAUUAUCCAUAUGAAAUGUUAAGCACAUUCAAUAAAUGUUAGCUUCAAAAAGG